GUUUAUAACUACUGCAAUCAUGUUAAUAUUUGCUUUGGGCAUUAAGAUAAGCUAUUUUGAUACGAACGUCCCAGAGAUGUUUUGUUUAACAGUAAAUAAGUUGUGUCAUUGUAGUCUCUUAUAGUGCCCUCAUUUUUUUUUGGUAAUCCGAUGUGAGUGUGUGAAAAAUGGAGGAAACCCAGUUGGACGUAUUGAAUGGAGACUCUGACAUUGAAUCUGAAAUGCAGGCGUCGAUUGACUCGUUUAGAGAAAGGUCCAGAAGUUACUCCAGAUGGUCACCAGUGGACGAAGGAGUUACGUUGGCUUGGAACAAUCUCACUAUUUACGCAAAAAUCAAAAAACGUGGAAUAACUAAUUACAAGAGGAUCAUUAAUGAUAUGUCUGGGGCAGUUAAGGCUGGCAGUCUUGUAGCACUAAUGGGAGCAAGUGGUGCUGGUAAGAGUACACUUAUGUCCGUUUUAGGAUACAGAAAUAGUGCAAAGCUAGUGGUUGAAGGGGACAUGAUUAUCAAUGGAAGGAAGAUAGACGAUUACAUGAAGUACCUGAGCGGUUAUAUGCAUCAAGAAGAUAUGUUUAUACCAUAUUUAACUGUUUUGGAACACAUGACAAUUAUGGCAAAUCUCAAACUAGAUAGAAGACUAACAAGAGACGAUAAACGCCAGAAAAUCUUAAACAUACUAACUGAGCUUGGUCUGUUGAAAUGUCUUCACAGUAAAAUUGGUGGUACCGACCAAAACAAAGCGCUAUCAGGUGGUGAGAAAAAACGAUUAGCAUUUGCAACAGAGAUCUUGAUAGAUCCGCCAUUACUAUUUUGCGAUGAACCAACAACAGGCCUAGACUCUUACUCCGCUCAGAAGUUAGUAGGCAUUAUGAGCAAGAUGGCAUCAGAAAGAACCACAAUAGUUUGCACCAUUCACCAGCCCUCGAUGGAUAUAUUUUCUAUGUUCACUCAACUGAUACUCAUAGCUGAUGGUAGGACAGCAUAUAUUGGAGCAACGUCAAAAGCUAUCGAGUUUUUCCAAAAUUUGGGAUACACUUGUCCUAGUACGUAUAGCCCUGCAGACUACUUCAUCAAGAUCCUGGCUAGUCCUCCAGGUCAAGAAGACAGUAGUCGGCAGACUAUCAAAAGAAUUUGUGAUCAAUACGCAGUAAGCGACUAUGCUAAGGAAAUCGACGUUGUGGUUCAAUAUGAGUUUCAUAUGGGACGAGCUGUUGUUCCAAGACGAUUCGAACUUCGAUCAAACUUCAAGGAAAUUCACUGGCAUUCCAAACUGUAUUGGCUGGUUUACAGAUGGACUUUGGAAGUGAUGAGAAAUCCUACUAUUGAACUCACCAGAGUGCUUCAGCGAGUUGGCACAGCCAUCCUGAUAGGGUUCUGCUAUUUCGGCACGAAUCCGUACACGCAAAAUGGCGUUCAGUCAGUGCAGGGUGUAAUUUUUAUGCUCGUGACCGAAAAUACUUUCCAUCCAAUGUACUCGGUGCUGUCUGAAUUCCCAGAAAAUACGCCGAUCUUCAUCAGGGAGUACAAGUCAGGGUUGUAUCAUCCUGCUACCUACUAUUUAUCUAGAAUUUUGUCGAUGUUACCAGGAUUUAUAUUGGAGCCAGUGAUCUUCAUUUCAUUAGCCUAUUGGUUAACUGGUUUGCAAAGGACCUUCGACGCUUUUGCUUUAACAACCACUGUAAUUAUAUUGACUAUGAACGUCGCAUCUGCUUGUGGUAUCAUGUUUUCAAACGCCUUUGAAUCCGUACCAACUGCUUUGGCAUAUUUGGUGCCAUUUGAUUACAUACUGAUGAUAACGUCCGGAAUUUUCAUCAAGCUAAGCACGUUGACGAACGUUUUUGAUUACCUAAAGUAUCUUUCUUGGUUCAUGUAUUCUACAGAAUCAUUGAGCAUAGUUCAGUGGAAAGGAAUAACCAAUAUAACUUGUGAAAAUCAACAACAGGGACUACCAUGCCUAAAAGACGGCACAGAAGUUUUAGAGAAGUACAAUUUCACACAAGAUAACCUAGCCAGGGAUAUGAUUAAUAUGAUUUUCUUAAUGAUCGCCUUCUACCUCUUAGGUUAUCUGUUUUUAUGUUAUCGUACAAAGCGAAAAUGAUUUUUUAAGUUUAGUCCCCUAGUCUAAAAGAUGUGAAGAUAAGGCAAUGUUAUUUGGUACACUGAAAAUGAUCGGCACCCUUAUUAAGUGCAAAGUGAGAUAGCGGUCUGAUCGCCAUUGGCACAGCCACCUACAGCUACAAGUGAUGAAGUAAGAAAGGCAACGUUACAAUUGCUUUUUCAUUAAACAAAAAAAAAAGGGAUACAGAGUCCAAUCACACCGUAUAUCGCUCAUAAAUAAGUAAAAUGCAAUAUGGGUGGUUCGGCCUAGGGUCGUACGAGUAUACCGAUAGGACUACCAUACCGCAACAUUGCCAAGUUUCGUACUUCGUGGCUUGUUAAGUAUACAUAUGUACAAAGCUAUGCCUUUCGAAUCAGCUACCAUUCACUUCAUGUUCAUCUGUAGUAGCUGUGCGUUUUGCCUAAAUGUCAACAUAUUUGAGCUAUGAGCUGUAGAUCUGAUGAAAGAUCUGCUUCAGAGAUGAAACUAGCGGUAAUUCAUAGCUUCUUUGGUCUAAGCCGUAAGUUCUAUACUAUCUGUCGUUGUGUCAUUCCUCCAUGCUUGGCAUUUACAGCGAGCAUGCAUGGCAUGGACUAACAGCUAGCUAAUCCAUAGGUGAGUAUGGCGAUCAGAUAGCUAUCAUAGCGAUUAAUUUACAUAUUACGGGCGCGGCUUAUAUGACGUCUGCAAAAGUAUAAUUGUGACAACACUGCAUUAGUUCGACUGACGUUACGUAUUGGUGGUACCUGUUGCUCUCUGUUCUGUUCUGGGUGACAUCACUUUGCUUUGGAAAUGCCCUUACCCUAGACUUACAUCAUUGUUUCUAUCUAUCGUUAAGUCGUAAGCAAAUAUUUUUAAUAUAAUCGUAGUUUUUCAUACUUAAACGUUUUCCAAAUAAACAAUGUUUUAGAGUGUUUUUAGAUA